AUGUUUGACAUGGAGGUGUUCGUCUUUACUCGCGCAAGCGAUCGAUUCUGGGUGGUGGCCGCGUUUCGUCUGUUCACGUACCAUCGCAACCUUGUCUACAUGUUUAUCCCUCACGGAUCGAACGGCAACCUCGCUAAAUACGAGGCUGACAAGCGUCAACGGUUGGCAUUGAUCAUGCCGACAUUUCCAUAUUCGAUCGAGUGCCUGCUGGGCGACGUGAACGUGUGGGGCGACCUGCUUAGUUGCUGGGGCUCGACGCCAUCUGUAACGCCCGUGGCACAUGCCCGCAACCUGCUGCGCGUGAUAUCUCUACUGCAGCAGGCGGGCUUCGAAUGGCCGACGGCUGCGUCAAUUAUGGACGCCCAACCGUCAUCAUUGGACGGGGGUGAGGCCAUUCCACCCGGCGUGGCCUGGAGCGAAGAAGACACCUACUAG